AUGGCUACCGAGCGCGGUCCGCCCAAACGGCGCUGUGUAAGCACUGCGUGCAUUGCCUGUCGCCGGAGGAAGUCCAAGUGUGAUGGCAAUUUGCCCAGCUGUGCAGCAUGUUCCUCGGUCUACCAUACGCCAUGUAUCUAUGAUCCAAACUCCGACCAUCGACGCAAGGGAGUAUACAAAAAGGAUGCCGAUGCUCUUCGCACUCGGCAUACAACACUACAAACAUUGAUCCAGGCAUUAUUAAACUACGAAGAAGAUGAUGCCUUCGAACUUGUACGCCAACUGCGGUCUUGUGAUGACCUGGAAGAUGUCGCUCAAUCGGUCAUUGCUCGCGAAAAGGGGCUUCUUGCCGCGGCUGCUGCUGCUGCUCCGGCUGCUCCUGCUGCUGCUGCUGCUGCUGCUACUGCCCAUGCCGUGGGUGAGGCAAGUGAUGAGGCCUCUGCCGAAGUUGAUCAGUUCGAGUCGGAGCUAGCCGGUAAAAUGAGCGAGCUCAUGCUAGAUGGGUCUCGAAAAUUCAUUGGUGGUACCUCGAAUCUCAUUUUCCUUCCACCGGGUUCAGAGCUGCACGAGUCUGCCUCGAGAGCCGAGUCGCCCGCGCUGAGUGAUGCACAGCCAGUCCGGCGAUGGACCAAAGUCACGGAAGAUGACUCGCUGAUCAGCCAUCUGUUAACCAUGUACUUCACAUGGCACUAUCCUUUCUUUACUAUCCUCGCUAAAGACAUGUUCUCUCGAGAUUACAUCCGUGGUAUCUCCAGCCCAUACUGCUCGGCACUGCUGGUCAACGCUAUGCUGGCGCUUGGUUGCCAUUUUAGCUCUUGGACGGGAGCAUUCGCUGAUCCCCAGGAUCUGGCAACGGCGGGUAAUCAUUUUUUCAAAGAAGCUAAGCGGCUGGUUCUGGAAAAUGAUGAACACGAGAAUGCGAAGCUCUGCACUGUCCAAGCAUUUGCUCUCAUGUCUGUUCGUGAGGCUGGCUGUGGCCGAGAGGGCAAAGGCUGGGUAUACAGCGGUCUGAGCUUCCGCAUGGCUUUUGAUCUUGGGCUGAAUGUCGAUGCGAAGAACAUGGGGUCCUACAAACUUAAUGAUGACGAAAUCGAUGCGCGACGGAUUACCUUCUGGGGUUGCUACCUCAUUGACAAAUGUUGGUCCAACUACCUUGGCCGCCAACCUCAACUAUCCUCAUCCAAUACCAACGUGCCAAAAUUCGAUGUCCUGCCGAGAGAAGAGACAGAACUCUGGUCGCCUUAUACAGAUUCUGGCGUGGGUCAUAACCACGCACAGCCCUCCCGAACAAGGGCCGUAGCACUUCAAAUUUCGAAGCUGUGCGAGAUAAGCGGUGACCUACUCGUGUUCUUCUACCAUCCUUCAGAACUGGAGAAGACACAUCAGAAGCAGUCGGAACUGAAAAAAUUGAGUGAUGUCCAUACGCGUCUUGAGGCGUGGAAAAAGGAGCUUCCGAAGGAGCUGGAACCGAAAGAAGGGCAGUUACCCCAGGUACUUGUCAUGCACAUGUUCAACCAGCUUCUUCUUAUCCAUCUCUAUCGGCCCUUCUUGAAGUAUACCAGAACGAACACCCCUCUCCCAUCACACGUCUCACCGCGCAAAAUAUGCACCCAGGCAGCCUCGGCUAUAUCCAAGAUGAUGAGGAUGUACAAGCGGACAUACGGGUUGAAACAAAUUUGUAAUAUUGUCGUGUACAUCUUGCAUACUGCCUGCACCAUUCAUCUUCUCAAUCUGCCAGAUAAAAACGCCCAACGAGACGUGAUUCACGGCCUACGAAACCUUGAAGAAAUGGCUGAAGGCUGGCUGUGCGCGCGUCGCACCUUGCGUAUCCUCGACAUCUCAGCUAGCAAGUGGCAGGUCGAUCUACCUCCAGAAGCUACUUCUAUCUUUGAGCGCACCCGUUUGAAAUGGGGUUCGUGGGGAUCAUGGGAUCAAGCGAUGUCGCCUUCUACCACAUCUGACGAGUCCCCCAUCAACCACGGCAAUUUCCAUUCCUCAGUCACCAGCCUGAAUCAGGUCUCCCAUUCCCCGUCCAGCAAUCAAAUUCCCAUGGCUCCCGCAGAUCCCCUGGCUACCAACCCUCCCAUUGCCACUAGGGGCCCAUCCCGGAACCCCGCUGCUGCUGUGGCCACCGCCAUGCCAUCAAUGCACACGGCCCGGCACGUGCCAGGCGUCCAGGCUCAGCGGGCAGAUUUUGCGCCGCCAGAACCAACAUACCUGCGGCCCGCGUACCAGAUGCCCAUUCUCGCUUCACCCGGUCCCUCCAGUGCGUCUCCAGACCCAAACGGAUGGUACGACCCGUCGGGGCCGCCUAUGGCGCCGCAGAAUACCACUCCGGGCUCAAGUUCGACUGUGUCUGGGUUCGAAGGCACGGAACACCUCGUUGAGGAGAGCCAAGAUUGGUGGUCGCGUGGCAGCGCAAUCGGUAUAGAAAACUGGGCUGGGCCAUGGAGCCCUGAAAUGCCGACUCCCCCGCCUCAUAUUCACUAUGAUGGGAAUCACGGCUAUGCCAUGGCAAUGGCACAGCAUCCUGAUCCUCUAUCUGUCCCGGAACAUCAACCACAGGUCACAGUGGGAAUGCCCAAUAGCUGUCCCACCGCGGAAAACAGCACCUCCGGGUUUGACUAUCAAUGGAAAUGA